AUGGAUGACGAUCUUUUCGGCGUCUUUUCGGAGACGCCAGCCAACUUGCCGGUGAAAAAGAGCAACGACAAGCCCACAGAGCAAAAACAGCCGAAAAAAAGGCCCGCUCCAUCGCAAAAUAACGACAAGAAAGACAAGAAGCAGGAUAAGCUGGAGAAGAAUGAAAAGAAGAAAAACCCCGUCGUCAGUGACGCCGUGGAGAUCGAGGCUUCGAGAGAAGUGGCUCCAUCGGCUGGUCUUAUGGCUGCUAAAGAGGAAGAGUCCAAGUUAAAGUUGAAGCAUCAGGUCAGACACCAGGUCGCCAUUCCUCCUGAUUUCCCGUAUGUUCCUAUCGGAGAACACGUCAGAACCAACGAGGCAAGAACGUAUCCGUUCACGUUGGAUCCUUUCCAGGAUACGGCUAUUUCGUGUAUUGACAGGAACGAGUCUGUGCUUGUUUCUGCGCAUACUUCUGCUGGUAAGACCGUGGUGGCUGAAUACGCCAUUGCCCAGUCUCUCAGAGAGAAACAGCGUGUUAUUUACACUUCUCCCAUCAAGGCGUUGAGUAACCAGAAGUACAGAGAGCUUUUGGCCGAGUUUGGCGAUGUGGGUCUUAUGACUGGUGAUGUGACCAUCAACCCAGACGCGGGCUGUUUGGUCAUGACCACCGAGAUUUUGAGAAGUAUGUUGUACCGAGGCUCCGAGGUCAUGCGUGAAGUCGCCUGGGUCAUCUUUGACGAGGUCCACUACAUGAGAGACAAAAACAGAGGUGUGGUGUGGGAAGAGACCAUCAUUUUGCUUCCCGAUAAGGUGCACCAUGUUUUCCUUUCGGCCACCAUUCCAAACGCCAUGGAGUUUGCCGAGUGGGUCACCUACUCCUUUGCAGCAUUACUUGUUCCCGCCGCUGGCGAUGGUAUUCAUUUGGUGGUGGACGAAAAGGGAACUUUUAGAGAAGAGAAUUUCCAAAAAGCCAUGUCGUCCAUUUCCAACAACAUUGGUGACGAUCCAGCAUCUGCAGAGGCCUCCAAGAGCAAAAAGAAGGGUGAAACUUACAAGGGAGGCGUCAAGGACGGAAAGAGCGAUAUCUACAAGAUUGUCAAGAUGAUCUACAUGAAGAGAUAUAACCCAGUGAUUGUUUUCUCCUUCUCCAAGCGUGACUGUGAGUCUUUGGCCCUCAAAAUGUCCAAGUUGGACUUCAACACGGACGAGGAGCGUUCUGCAUUGACAAAGGUGUUUGAGAAUGCCAUCGAUAUCUUGCCUGAGGCCGAUAGAGAAUUGCCACAGAUCAAAAAUAUCUUGCCCUUACUCAGAAGAGGUAUCGGUAUCCACCAUUCCGGUCUUUUGCCUAUCUUGAAGGAGGUCAUUGAGCUUUUGUUCCAGGAAGGUUUGCUUAAGGUGCUUUUCGCCACAGAGACCUUUUCCAUUGGUCUUAAUAUGCCUGCCAAGACCGUCGUUUUCACAUCUGUCAGAAAGUGGGACGGUCUGGGCUUCAGAUGGGUCUCUGGUGGUGAGUACAUCCAGAUGUCUGGAAGAGCCGGUCGUCGUGGUUUGGAUGACAGAGGUAUUGUUAUUAUGAUGAUUGACGAGAAAAUGGAGCCUCAGGUCGCCAAAGGUAUGGUGAAAGGUCAGGCAGACAGGUUGGAUUCUGCGUUCCACUUGGGCUACAACAUGAUCUUGAACUUGAUGCGUGUGGAGGGCAUUUCGCCGCAGUUUAUGUUGCAGAACUCUUUCUACCAGUUCCAGAACGCCGCUUCCGUGCCUAAGCUUGAACAGCAUCUUCAGCAGUUGACGUUGGACUACAAUGAUGUCAAGGUGGACGACGAGUUCCACGUCAAGGAGUACUACGACUUGAAGAAACAGCUCGAGGGAUACCAGGAGAAUGUUCGUCAAGUUGUCACCCAUCCAGGCCACAUCCUUCCGUUCUUGCAGCCCGGAAGAGUCAUCAAGAUCAAGAUUGGUGAAUUCGACUACGGCUGGGGUAUGGUGGCUUCCUUCACCAAAAGAUCGAACAAGAGAGAUCCUUCCCAGGCCUACACUGACCACGAGCUGUACCUCGUCAGCGUGUUUGUGUGCACCAUGUUUGUGGAUGCCCCAGUUAAUUUGAUCAAAUCUUUCAACCCUGUAUUCCCCGAGGGUAUCCGUCCUUCCAACGAGGGCGAAAAACUGAGAGCAGAGUAUAUCCCCAUCACUUUGGACUCGAUCCAGGCAAUUUCCAGUGUCCGUUUGAAGGUUCCAGACGACUUCAAGAGCUCUACUGCAAAGAGGAACUUGGUGAGAACCUUGAAAGACUUGCCCAAGAAGUUGCCAGACGGAAUCCCCACAAUGGACCCUGUGGAGAGCAUGAAGAUCGACGACCCCGAGUUCAAGAUGUUGUUGCGUAAAAUUGAUGUUUUGGAGAGCAAGUUGGCCACCAAUCCUUUGCAUGAGUCCGACCGGAUCAACGACUUGUACGCCAAAUACAGCCACAAGGUCGACAUUGAGAAGAAGAUUGCCGAGACCAAGGACAAGAUCUUGCAAACACAGGCUGUCAUUCAGCUUGACGACUUGAAGCACAGAAGAAGAGUGCUCAGAAAGCUUGGAUUCGUGACGCCAGACGAAAUCAUCGAACUCAAGGGUAGAGUGGCAUGCGAGAUCUCCACUGGUGACGAACUUCUCUUAACAGAGCUUAUAUUCAACGGUACGUUCAAUGACUUGCUGCCUGAGCAGUGUGCUGCGCUUUUGUCUUGCUUUGUUUUCCAGGAGCGUGCUAAGGAGGUUCCUAGAUUGAAGCCUGAGUUGGCGGAGCCUUUGAAGGCAAUGCAAGACAUGGCGGGCAAGAUCGCCAAGGUGUUCAAGGAAAGCAAGAUUGAAAUCGCCGAGAAGGAGUAUGUGGAGCUGUUCCGUCCCGAGCUCAUGGAGGUGACGUACGCCUGGUGUAAAGGCGCCAAGUUCGCCCAGAUCUGUAAGAUGACCGAUGUUUACGAAGGUUCAUUGAUCAGAACGUUCAAGAGAUUGGAGGAGAUGAUCAGGCAGAUGAUCCAGGCGGCCAAGACCAUCGGUAACCUUGAGUUGGAGGACAAGAUGGAGAAGGCCACGGAAAUGGUGCACAGGGACAUUGUUUCGGCAGCGUCGUUGUACUUGUAA